AGUGCACGUUCGCAGCCAAAGAACCACAUGGUCACCGUGGCGAAGCCACAACGCAUCACCGCCAUCCUCAAGCGGCUGGCAUUUGCCGUCACGUGCUCAUUUCUGUUUUUCCAGGCUUGGUUAAAGUUCACCACCAACCUUCAACGACCUCCUCGUGGACAGCCAUCGCAGUUCGCCAUUGACUUCGAGCGCGAUUCGUUCACGCUGGCCGGCGAGCCAGUGCGGAUCCUGUCCGGUUCGCUCCACUACUUCCGCACGCCGCGCGAACUGUGGAUGGAGCGCCUGACCUACGCGCGUGCCGCCGGCCUGAACACCAUCGACACCUUCGUUGAGUGGAGCAGCCACGAGCCCGAAGAAGGUCACUUUGACUUCCGCGGGCAACAAGACCUGGUGACCUUCCUGGAGAUGGCUCACAAUCUGAGCCUUAUGGUCAUCCUCCGGCCGGGCCCUUACAUCGGUGCCGAACGAGACAUGGGAGGCCUUCCGUACUGGCUUUUGCGAAAAGAUCCCGGCAUUAGCCUGCGAACGAUGGAUACAACGUACAUCAAAUUCGCAGACCGUUACCUCACCGAACUUUUCAAGCGCAUAAAGCACCUCCUCGUGAGAAACGGUGGCCCGAUAAUUAUGGUUCAGGUCGAGAACAAAUACGGCUUGUCCAGGGAGUGUAACCGCACAUACCUUCGGCACCUGCGAGACCUGAUGCGCCAAGAGCUCGGUAGUGACGCUGCGCUAUUCACCACGGACCGCUUCGGAGUGGGCGCUGUGCCUUGCGGAAGGGUCGAAGGAGUCUUCCCUGCAAUCGCUUUCGGAGCUGCGGCCAACGUGUCUGAGGUGUUCGCCACCCUGCGGCUCUACCAGGAACGUGGUCCCCUGUUCGUCUCAGAGCUUUACACGGGCUGGUACGACCGCUGGGCAAUGCCCCACAAGCAUGUGGACCGCGUCAUGGUAGCCAGUACACUACGCCAAGUCCUACUGGCCGGCGCUUCCGUAAACCUGUACAUGUUUCACGGAGGAACAUCAUUUGGGUUCAGCACAGGAGCCUACAUGGUCUCAGCAGCGGGAAGAAAGGGUGAGUUCCUUUACCGACCCCUAGUGACGAGCUACGAUUUCGGCGGCCCCCUGACGGAAGAUGGAGACCCAAACAAGUUGUUCGUCGCCGUCCGUCACGUCAUUUCUGAGGCUCACGGUUUGAUGUUGUACGAUGCGACUCUCACCUAUCAGCCGCAUGAGCCUGCCAUGCUCAGUGUGGAAGGCAUUCGAGACAGCGGAUACGUCUACGUUGAUGGCAGCCGUACGGACACGUUCUUGAGACCUGACCAGAAGACGAAGGGUAUUGCGUUUCUGAACGGUUUCAACCUGGGUCGCUACUGGCCGGCCAGGGGGCCCCAGAAAACUCUGUACGUGCCUCGCACGUUGUUCAGGAAGAAGAACCUGCUUGUGCUCGUCGAGCUCGAAGGGGGCUUCUACAGGGGUGGCAAGCCCCCCGUCGUUCACUUCGAAGACAAACCAGAGCUCCACGGGACGGUACACAAGAUGGACGAAUAAA